GACGCUUCUGAGUCGGCGCAGUGCUACACACGUUCACAUUGCAAUGGCAGGCGGAGAGUGAAACACGACACAUUGCAAUACUCUUUUACCCGAAACACAUUAAGGCUCUCAGACGACAUUAAGCAAAAUGUCUCGGCACAGAAAUGUCCGAGGGUACAACUACGACGAAGACUUAGACGAUGAUGACGUGUAUGGACAGUCUGUUGACGAUGACUACUGCAUUUCACCAGCAACAGCGGCACAGUUCAUCUACUCCCGGCAGGAGAGGCAAACACCCAAUGUGGAGCCUGUGGAGGAGGGGUUUGAAGAGGAAGAGGAGGUCCCCAUGUCCCCUACUGUCAGUCCCAGCCUCGACCCUCUUGAACAAGCCAAGCUUUUCUCCUGUCUGGACCAAAUGCGGGCUGUGCUUGGAGACACUGUCCCCGAUUCGGUUCUGACCCGGACCGCCCUGCGGUUCGGCUUCGACCCUCAGAAGUCCCUUGACGCGGUGCUGUCAGGAGAUAGCACUUCUUCUAAAACCACCAAUCACAGAACGGUACCAGAGUCACCAGCCCAGGAGGAGAAGACCCCGGCAACACAAAGAACCAAUCCAGAGGGUUUGGCGGCACCAAGACCAGAGAAAGCCAAAGGCAGGGGUUCGACGCAGAACCAGCUGGAGACCGAGGUGGUACCGAAGGUGGCCCGCAUGACGGUGUCCGGGAAGAAGCAGACGAUGGGGUUCGAUGUCCCGAGCGCCGAGGAGAACGGCGUCUGCGGCGCCUCCAUGCGGCGGGGGGCCAGUCCGGCACCGGGCACGCCAGGUGGACCCGAGACCCCAUCCAGGCGGCCCGAGACCCCCUCUAAAGGCGGAGGAGUGGGAGGAGACGACUCCAUCAUAUCCACUCCGGGACGUACCCCCGGGAAGGCCAGGCCGCAGAUCAACAUCAAGGUGGAGCUGGAGAAGAGGCAGGGCGGCAAGCCUCUGUUGAACCUGGUGGUCAUCGGUCACGUUGACGCGGGGAAGAGCACCCUAAUGGGACACCUACUGUUCCUGCUGGGCCACGUCAACCAGCGCACCAUGCACAAGUACGAGCAGGAGUCCAAGAAGGCCGGCAAGGCCUCCUUCGCCUACGCCUGGGUGUUGGAUGAGACUGGAGAGGAGAGGGACAGAGGUGUGACGAUGGACGUCGGUAUGACUAAGUUUGAGACGGACUCGAAGGUCGUGACCCUGAUGGACGCGCCGGGCCACAAAGACUUCAUCCCGAACAUGAUCACUGGGGCCGCUCAGGCGGACGUGGCCGUGCUAGUGGUGGACGCCAGCCGGGGCGAGUUCGAGGCGGGCUUCGAGGCGGGCGGUCAGACCCGGGAGCACGGCCUGCUGGUGAGAUCUCUGGGCGUCACCCAGCUGGCCGUGGCCGUCAACAAGAUGGACCAGGUGAGCUGGCAGCAGGAUCGGUUCCAGGAAAUCAUCGCCAAACUUGGUCACUUCCUGAAGCAGGCGGGCUUCAAGGAAUCUGAUGUCUUCUUCGUCCCGACCAGUGGCCUGUCAGGAGAGAACCUGACCACCAGGAGUGCUGUGUCAGAGCUCACCUGCUGGUACUCUGGGCCCAGCCUGCUAGAACAGAUAGAUGCCUUCAAACCGCCCCAGAGGUCUACGGACAGGCCGUUCAGACUGUGCGUGUCCGAUGUUUACAAAGAUCAGGGGUCAGGAUUUUGCGUCACAGGGAAGAUCGAAGCGGGCUACAUUCAGACAGGGGACAGAAUGCUUGCCAUGCCUCCCAACGAGACAUGCACUGUCAAAGGCAUCACGCUCCACGAUGAGCCCCUGGACUGGGCUGCAGCAGGAGACCACGUCAACCUCACUGUCACGGGCAUGGACAUCAUUAAGAUCAAUGUGGGCUAUGUGUUCUGUGAUCCGAAGGAGCCAAUCAGAGCCUGCACACGCUUCAGAGCACGAAUCCUGCUCUUCAACAUAGAGGUGCCCAUCACAAAGGGCUUCCCUGUGCUGCUGCAUUACCAGACAGUCAGUGAGCCAGCCACCAUCAAGAGGCUUGUUAGUGUUCUACACAAGAGUAACGGGGAAGUGCUCAAAAAGAAACCAAAGUGCCUGGUGAAGGGCAUGAACGCCAUCGUGGAGGUCCAGACGCAGAGGCCCGUGGCGCUGGAGCUCUACAAGGACUACAAGGAGCUAGGCCGCUUCAUGCUACGCUACGUGGGCUCCACCAUCGCAGCCGGGGUGGUCACCGAGAUCAAAGAAUGAGGGACACUAAUGGACCAGGGGCAGCCAGGGGAGGCCGGCUGUGGACGCACCGCGGCGACCUUAAAGACGAGUUAAAGUGCAAUUUCCUUCAAGAGGCUCUCUGCCCGGGAGCCUCCGAGCCUCACAGCCGUCCCCUCACCAGCCAGCUGGACAGCAUCUUCACACAGACACACACAGUCACACACAGCCACCUGAGCUAUUCAGAUGAAGACCGCUGCAACCAUGCAUGCUGCGAUAACGCAAAAAUAUCUCUGAUGCGGCACAGUGAAUGCUAUACCUCCACUAAAACAUCCUCCACCCUUCCCCAAAUCCUGUUUCCUUUGCUCCUCAAACAAGCCUACCGUCCCGUGUCUCCCAGAUAUCAUCUCUAAACCAAGACACAAAGCGGCUUGACUCUCCCCCACUGGAUGUCAAGAGAAACAAUAAGGGAGCACCUUAACAUUCAGACGCUUCUCCCAAUUGUUCGAUCCUACAGCCCGAGUCCCAAGGACACCUGACUGUGCCAAGGUUUUUUUUUAUUUUUUAUUAAAAUUAUUAGAUUUUUGUUUGAUCGAAAACAAAUUGGUGACUCCUGCCCGAAUGUUUUUGGGUCUGGAUGGUUGCCGCUCGACUGAAUGUUUUCAACCAUGCGUUGUAUUUCGAUAGUUAACCCGUCGUCCCGAUGACCAGGGCCGCUGCGCUAUGAGCCACCAUAAAAUUGGCGGUGAAGACAUUUAUAUUUUCCUCCUCAAUGACCAUAUAAGACUGCAUCUUUUAUGGAUAGACUAUGAUAAUCAAUCGGGCCAUUUAUUUUUUGUAGCGCAAAAGGAAGCGGUGCCCUUAAUGAUUAAAUAAUUUGUUUUUUGUUUUUAUUUGCGCUUAACAAAUUAGCCCACGUGAAUGAUCAGGGUGUGGCGUCAUCGAAGCGUUUCCAAGAGGACGAGGUGUGUGUUGAUUUCUCAACAGAGGAGACCGUGGAGGCAGAACAGGCAGUUUGAUUCAACAGACUGGUGGUGGUGCUGAUGGUGUGAAUAAAGGUUACAUGACCUAA